GGAUGGUCCCGCCCCGCCCACGGUUGGCCCCGCGCGGCUUCCGGCCGCGCGGCGGCUUCCGGUUCCGGUGCGCCGCGCCGUGCGGGAGGAGCCGCGCCGGGCCAUGGCGCAGCCCGGGCCGCGCCGGCUGUGACGGGCCAUGGCGGCCCCGCACGCCGAGAAGCUGGAGGGAGGCGUCCCGGCGCCGCCGCCCCCGCCGGGGCCGCCGCACCCCGCGGGCAGCGCCGCCGCCGGCGGGCCCGGCAGGAAGCAGGGGAAGGCAGGUGAGCGCCGGGCGGCGGCGGGGGGGCGGCGGGCGCGGGCGGGCGGGCGGCGGCGCCGGGCUGACGCGGCCCCGCUUGUCCCCGCAGGUCUGCAGAUGAAGAGCCCCGAGAAGAAGCGGCGGAAAUCCAACACCCAGGGCCCGGCCUACUCCCACCUCUCGGAGUUCGCGCCGCCGCCCACCCCCAUGGUGGACCAUCUGGUGGCCUCCAACCCCUUCGAGGACGACUUCGGCGCCCCAAAGGUGGGGGCGGCGGCCGCCCCCUUCCUGGGCAGCCCCGUGCCCUUCGGCGGCUUCCGCGUGCAGGGCGGCGGCAUGGCGCCCCAGGUGCCGCCCGGCUACGGCGGGGGGCCGCAGCCCCUGCGGCGGCAGCCCCCGCCCUUCGCCCCCAGCCAGAUGGGCCCGGCCUUCGGCAUGCCCCCGCAGGGCGCCAGCUACGUGCAGCCCGGCGGCAUGGCCUUCCCCAGCCAGCCCUUCAGCCAGCCCCUCGGACAGAACUUCAGCCCUCCCACGGGGCAGCUCAUGCAGGGGCCCGUCGGCGGCUUCGGGCCCAUGAUCUCGCCCACCAUGGGGCAGCCCCCCCGGGGCGACAUGGGCCCGGGGCCCGCCCUGAACCCCCCCGGCGGCCCCGCCAUGGCUCCGCGGUUCAGCCAGCCCGGCAAUCUCUUUGGACAGUCCCCCAUGCAGCGACCCGGCCAGAACAUGCCCAACCUGCCCCCGAACGCCAGCCCGUUCCCCGGGGCGGACCCCGGCUUUCCAGCCGGCGCCGAGGAGGGGGGCAAGAGCCUGAACCCCCCUCCCAGCACCUUCAGCCAGGAGCAGCACUCGGGCUCCCCGGCGGCCGUCAACGGGGCUCAGCCCAGCUUCGCCCCCAACAGCGCCGGCCGGGGCGGCGGCACCCCCGAAGCCAACAGCCUCCCGUCCGCCGGCAAGGCGGCCGGCGGCUCCGGGCACCAGCCGCCGCCAGGCCUGGUGUACCCCUGCGGGGCCUGCCGCAACGAGGUCAACGACGACCAGGACGCCAUCCUCUGCGAGGCCUCGUGCCAGAAGUGGUUCCACCGGGAGUGCACGGGCAUGACGGAGAACGCCUACGGGCUGCUCACCACCGAGGCCUCCGCCGUCUGGGCCUGCGACUACUGCCUGAAGACGAAGGAGAUCCAGUCGGUGUACAUCCGCGAGGGCCUGGGACAGCUGGUGGCGGCCAACGAUGGCUGAGGGGCUCCCGCCGUGCCGCCACCCUCCCUUGUACAGAUCCCCGCUCGGGUUUAGGACCAAACCCCCUUUUGUAGCCCCCCGCCCCCACAAGCGAGAGACAGCCUCGAGCGCGGGCUCCGGCGUUCCUUCCCAUCCCCGCUGCUGCCCGCCGGGCACAGCCACCGGCGCUGUGGGGACUCGCCACUCCGGGGCGGUUCCUGCGCCUCCGCCCUCGCUCCGUGCCCCGGCCCCGAGGCGGCUUCCACGAGGGAGGUGGCGCAGGCACAAGCGGAGGAGCACGGGGACGCUUUGGCGCGUGGCGUGGGCUGGCAGCCACGCGCUGUGGGCCGCGCCGGCUCUCCCUGGCGCUCGGAGCUGCUCCCGGCCGCGCUCACGUCGCCGUUGCGAUCCUUCUGCCGCAGGACUGCGCUGCGCGGGCGGCUCUGGCCUGCACCGCGCCGGGGGCUUCCUCCGCUUCCCAGGCGCUGCCCUCGCCUGAUCCCUCUGCCUUCAGCCGCCGCGGCGGGGCUGGAGCGGGCUGGGAGCUGCCGUCGGUGCCUGGCUCCGCUCUGCGCAGGCGGCUGCUCUUGCUGGGCUGGCGGAGGAGGGCAGCAGCCCCCAGGCCCUCCCCGAGCGGGACCGGCCGCGGCGUCCCGGCCCCGGGCGCCGUGCUGCGAGCGUCCCCCCGCCUGGGAGCGCAGCGGCGGCCGGGAGCUGCCCCCCACCCGGCACCUCCCGCCCCCCCGGGGGCCCCGUGCCCGGCCCGCGGGGGCGGCGCUGGGGUGGGCUGCGCCCGGGGGGCCGCGGCGGCUCCCCUCCCCCCUCCUCCGCCGCAGCUCGGCGCCCCCCUUUUCCCCCCCUUUUGUAACGCGGUCCCGGUGCCCUGUGCGCCCCUCGGCCCCCCCGGAGCUCUGUGCAGGGCCGGGGGGGGCGCCGCCGCCCCCGUUUUAACGGAGCGUUAACGGAAACUUUUGUAUCGUCGCUAUAAAACUCUGAAAUCGGC